AAGAAAAGAAUAAAAAACACAAUUUAUGAGAAGAGCAAUUAACGCUGAUUUCUUUACUGUCUCUCGUCUGUACCAUGGCUUUGGACGCACCUCCUGAAGAAGACCACCCGAAACGCCGUGCGUCUGAUCAUCCAGACUCACCGGUGUCAUCCAAGAAGCGAGAAGUGGUCGGCGAAAUCGCCAAUCUCGACAUCCAGAGUCCAGCCACAAAAGAAGAGACGACCGAGGAAAGCAAACAGCCAUCUCCCUGUUCCAUUUACAAAUAUCUCCAUACCAUGGAGAGGGAUGAGAAUAAGAGGCCAUUAGGGAAUUACAUUGGGACAGUUCAGAAAAGGAUGACAAAUGACAUGCGUGAAAUUCUGAUUGAUUGGUUAGUGGAGGUUACUGAGGAAUUCAAGCUUAUUUCCGAUACUCUUUAUAUCGGUGUUUCUUGCAUCGAUCGUUUCCUCUCUGUUCAUCCUCUCGACAAAAACUACCUCCAGCUUCUCGGCAUUACUGCCAUCCUCAUUGCCUCGAAGCAAGCAGAUAUUUGUUGUCCACCGGAGGAACGGUUGUGCUUUAUGACGGAUAAUACUUACAACGUCUCCGAGGUUAUACAGAUGGAGAAGGAUGUCCUUGCAUGUUUGAACUCUGAUUUAUGCUAUCCCACCUCUAGAAAUUUUCUCAGAAUUUUAAUCGGAAUUUUUCACAGUCACACCAAUACUCUGCGCUGUACCAAGCCAUUCGAUUACUUGGUCUCUAAGAAAUAUGACCAGCAGAUGGAAUUCUUGGCUUGUUAUCUUCUGGAGUUAUGCUUAUUAUCAUCCAAAUGCAUCAAGUUUUUACCUUCCAUAGCUGCUGCUUCUGCGAUAUUUCUAUCGAGGUUUAUACUUGAACCAAAGGAUCACCCCUGGCAGAAUCAAGAGUUAGAAUGCCGAUCAGGAUAUAAGGCAAGUGACCUGCAGGAAUGUGUCCUUGCAAUACAUGAAGUGCACUCCAAUAUCUCAAAGUGGCCUGUACAAGCAGUCCGGGAAAAGUACAUGAAAUCCAAGUUUAUGAGUAUGGCAUCUUUGACUGCUGGGGAGAUUCCUGCAAAUUAUUUCGAGCCCAUUGAUCAAUAAGAUUUUGAGCCUGAUGAACACCAUCUGCACCUUGCACCUACAAAUUUUGUCGAGUCUGUUACGAAGAACUCCAUCAGCUUACUACAGACGCCAGAAACUCUGAUGAUGUUGCUGCUGUUUUGUAUGAUUUGUAAACUGUCAGAUGUUGUUCUUUGUAUGAAUAAUGUAGGUACAUUUUGUUUUGUUUUAACUUUUCGGUUUCAAUAAGUAACAGAUCUAAUAAUCCGGAAUUCUGUUAAAUUAUAUCAUUGAUUGAUUCAAUCAACAUUCAUUAAUAAAUUGUUUUUUUAUACUAUUCA